AUGAAGGAUGAGACCCACCAAGCUGACUCUCUGGAAGACAACGCCCCUAAGUCUCACCCGUUAAAGCCUGCCACGACGGUUGCGGAGCGAGAUGCGGACUACGUGGAGAAGCUAAAGGAGCGUGAAGGAUCGCUGGCAAAUACGGAGUUCGAGGAUGGAAAGAUCGAAGAGGGGUUGCGCCGCAAUGUCAAGGCUAACAUCUUCCGUUACAUUUGA